AUGGAGGAUGACGUUGAUGUUUUUCCUUCUGUAGCUCGCAUUCCUGAUGCGAUGCUUCAAAAAGUUGAUCCUGUCAAUCCAGUUCUGGUCGAAUACUUGACAACAAUUAUGCCUUCAAUUGAAGCUGAAAAAUUGUUGGAUGCUUCAGCUGAAGCUAAAGGUGAUAAAGUUUUGAAGAAGAAGGAUCAUCCACUCAUAGUUACUGAACUUAUCAUUCCUGAAAAAGAGGUUGUUGAUAUGAAAUAUGGUGUUCUUAAACGAUUGAAGAAAAUGGCUUAUAGUUCACAUGAAAAAUCGAUAAGUUUUUCUCUAAAAUUUCAUUAUAAACCUCAAUUGACACGAAAGGGGGUGGUCUCUUGUGAAAUUCCAUCACAUGUUUCUCCAAAAUCUAAGAAGAGGUGUGCUGAAGACAUGGCCAAACACAUUUCUACGAAACAGAAGAAACAAAAGAAGUAG